AUGGAGGACAUCAACCAUUCUGAUAGACGCAACAAUAGCAACAUGAAUUCUUCUAGAACAAGCUCUUCUGCUAUCAGAGAUACACGUUUGACUGCAAAAGUUACAGACCAUCCUUGGCUCACCAUCAGCACACCUUAUUCAGAUCAAAGUCCUUCCCCCAGCUCCUCCAUGGAAGCGAAAUCCACCAAUUACAGCACUUCAAUGGCUACCAUGUCGUCUCCAUCCAACAUGGCCAAUAUGGCUAGUAAUUCAAAGUAUGACUGGAGACUCCACUCGUUGAUGCUUUGUCGACAUAUUUUUACACGCGGCCUGGUUGAUGGCAUUGGAAGCGAUAUUCAGGUGUUUGUGCCUUCAUGGAACAAGACAUAUCAGUUGCAUCGGCUGGUGUUGGACCAAAAUCCAUAUUUCAAGUUGCUGCUGCAAGGCGGAUUCCGAGAAGCCGAGUCCAGCCAAAUCACAUUGCAUUUCGACAAGGACAAUCCGUUUAUCACAAUGGAGUCAUUUCAGUUUGUAUUAGAAUAUCUGUAUGGAAAGAUUGACGAACCCUUGAUCACUCAAUCCAAUGUGAGGCAGAUACUAGCAACAAGCUCUUAUUUUCAGCUAGACGUGUGUGGCAUUUGCGUAGACUUUAUCCUAAAGAACCUCAAUCAUCAAAAUGUUGUCGAUUAUCUGCUGUUUACAAACGAGCUGAUGGUACAAGGGAGCGACCGUAUCUGCGAUGCUGUGUUUACUUUUUUAUGCCGAGAAGCUUAUCAUAUGGAUCGAUCGAUUUUGGCAUCGCUGCCAUUGGAAUGGCUACAGAAAGUGAUUGAGAGUGAUGCCUUUUGGGUGCCAAGUGAAUACGAACGCUAUCAGUUUAUUCAGCAAAUCAUCCGUGCGCGCUACAACAUCUACUCCAACUCGAAAUCAACAUCGUUUGUACUGACUGAAUUAGACACAAACAGCAACUGCUACAUCAUCUCUCAAUCCAUCUACUACAUGCACAUGACGUUUGAGCAGCUGGAAUCCAUACAGAAUGACAUACACCCCCUGACAAAGCAGAAGCUGGUACCUGAGAGAAUUUUGAAAGAAGCAUUGUGGCAGCAGAUUCAAUUAAGGUCCAAAAUAGAGUCAGCUUCAGAGCGAGACAUCAACCUCAACAUGACCGUCGUGUCAAACAUGGAUAAGCAAAGACAGAAUGCUAAAGUUGCCAACCGCCUUGAUGAUGAUGAUGAAAAUCGUGCAGAUGUUGACCAAGAUGACAGGGAACAAGACCAGGAGGAGGAACCACUGAGAAAAUACUAUCCUAUCCCAACAGACGAUACAACAACCUACACGGGCGAGUCUGCCAUCACAUUAGCGUCAUCGGCAUCCACCACAAACUACGCAAAAAAACGCUUCUCUUCGCCUUCACCACCUAUAAUAGCAAUUGAACAAUACUCUAUAUACCCUCCAUUCCGUUUCAGCGUUGAAUUUGCAGAUGUGACAUCCCUGAAACAUGGCAUGCGAGUCUACUCUGACACAGUGUUUUACGCAGGAUCCAAUUGGAACAUGUAUAUUCAGAAAACGAGAUCCCAGCGUAAAGGCGUGCUACAAUUAGGAGUCUAUUUGCACCGUCAAUCCGUGUCUCAAAACUACAAUAGCUCGCCAGCAUCAUCCACUGCUGAGGAACAGCAGCCACCGCAACCACAGCAACACCAUGAGACCUAUACCAGCACUAACCCUACAUCGCCAACAUCACCUUCCCCAUCUGGUCAUCUUAAUCAACAAGCAUGGUCUUUUUCACGUUAUUCGGACAAGCGAAAAGUGGUCAAGACCUGGUUCAAGAUAUACUGUCCUACAAGAGGACCGAAGCAUGCAUUGACGCUAUUCCAAAGCAGCCCUGACAACUUUUCAGUACUACAGAGUUGGGGAUGGAGAAGCACUACACUAUGUGCUGAUGAAGAUUCGAGCACUGUUCAUGUAGGCACUGCAACAAGCGCCAACAGUGUCAAUGAGCAGGCUACUGCCAGCGGCAGCAACAACAACAAUGUCAAUGAGGCAGAUACAGCGACGUCUUCCUCUGCUACCUCGUCUCCGCCUCCACUAACAUACACACCACACACUUCAAAUCAACUGCAAUAUUUGCAAAGCACCUACGAUUUAAGAACGUUAAAAACAGCACUGAACAGCUGUAACGCGAAAAAGAACACCUCUGGGAAGAGUACGAUGUCGACCAGUAAUAGUGGACCGACUUUGAGAUUCACAGUAGUGAUGGGCCAUGUGUAA